AUGGAUCACUUUGACCGCCACCAGAUCCUUUGUGACCAUCAACAUGGUUUCAGAUCCAAAAGAUCUUGUGAAACACAACUCCUGAUAACACUAGACAAAAUUGGCAAGAAUUUAGACCAAGGAGAACAGACAGACAUCAUCCUGCUUGAUUUCUCCAAAGCCUUUGACAAAGUGCCCCACAAGAGACUCCUCCAAAAAAUGGACUAUUACGGAAUACGUGGAGUAACACUCAAAUGGAUACAAGACUUCCUAAGCAAGAGAACACAAUCCGUAUUGCUUGAAGGGCAUAAGUCUGGCCCCCUAGACGUCAUCUCAGGGGUGCCUCAGGGAACAGUCAUCGGACCCCUAUUAUUUCUGGCUUCAUUAAUGACCUGCCACAAUCAACAUCUUCUGAGGCAAGGUUAUUUGCAGACGAUUGCCUAG